UCUAGGAAAAGCUCUGAAGAGAAAGUUUGGUGGAUCUUCCUGAUUGUUCCAGGUCCUAACAGAUUUAAUAGGCGAGUAUCAGUCUGUGCUGAGACUUACAACCCUGAUGAGGAAGAGAAAGAUACUGAUCCAAGGGUGAUUCAUCCUAAAACUGAUGAACAGAGAUGCAGAUGUCAGGAAGCUUGCAAAGAUACUCUUCUUUUCAAAAAUCUUGAUCAGGAACAGCUUUCUCAAGUCCUUGAUGCCAUGUUUGAAAGGAUAGUCACAGUUGAUGGGCAUGUUAUUGACCAAGGAGAUGAAGGAGACAACUUUUAUGUCAUAGAACAGGGAACCUAUGAUAUUUUGGUAACAAAGGAUAAUGAAACCCGUUGUGUUGGUCAGCAUGAUACGGGCAGUUUUGGAGAAUUAGCUCUGAUGUACAAUACCCCGAGAGCUGCCAUUGUUGCCACUCCAGAAGGCUCUCUUUGGGGACUGGACUGGUUGACUUUUAGAAGAAUCAUAGUGAAAAACAAUGCAAAAAAGAGGAAGAUGUUUGAAUCAUUUAUUGAGUCUGUGCCCCUUCUUAAAUCUCUAGAGGUAUCAGAACGAAUGAAAAUUGUGGAUGUAAGAGGAGAGAAGAUUUAUAAGGAUGGAGAGCGCAUAAUCACUCAGGGUGAAAAGCCUGAUAGCUUUUAUAUCAUAGAGUCUGGUGAAGUGGGCAUUUUGCUUAAAAGCAAGAGUAAAACAAACAAGGACAAUGGGAACCUAAAAGUUGAGAUUGCCCGCUGUCCCAAGGGGCAGUGCUUUGGAGAGGUUCCACUGGUCACGAACAAACCCAGAGCUGCUUCUGCUUAUGCAACUGGAGAUGUCAAAUGCUUAGUUAUGGAUGUACAAGCAUUUGAGAGGCUUCUGGGGCUCUGCAUGGACAUCAUGAAGAGGAAUAUCUCACAGUAUAAGGAACAGCUGGUGAAGAUGUUUGGCUCCAGCAUGGAUCUGAUCGACCCUGGGCAGUAG